UACCCCAGUGCGUCUCCUGUGAGGGUGUGACCAGUUGUCUGCAUGCAGGGAAUGACGACUCCUUUCAAGACGAGCAAAGCUUUAAAGGUAAAGAAGGAGACGGGCGAGAAUGCCCCGGCCCUCAGCGACGACGAGCUGGUGGCCAUGUCCGUGCGGGAGCUCAACCAGCACCUGCGCGGGCUGACCAAGGAGGACGUGGUGCGGCUGAAGCAGCGGCGUCGCACGCUCAAGAACCGAGGCUACGCCGCCAGCUGCCGCAUUAAACGCGUCACCCAGAAGGAGGAACUGGAGCGCCAGAAGAUGGAACUACAGCACGAGGUGGACAAGCUGGCACGCGAGAACGCCAGCAUGCGCCUGGAGCUGGAGGCCUUACGCGCCAAGUACGAGGCGCUGCAGUGCUUCGCCAGGACUGUGACCCGCGCCGGGCCCCUGUCGCCAGGCAAAGUGGCCACCACCAGCGUCAUUACCAUCGUCAAGUCGGCCAACCACAACAGCUCAGGUCCGACGCCCUUUUCGGCGCAGUCCUAG